AUGCACCUUCAAUUGCGAGACGUAGUCAGAGCAGAGAACUUAGUCGUCGUGUGUGGUUGCAAAGGUGUAUCUCUGGGACGUUCUGGCUCGAAGGGAGAGGGUGAAGUGGGUGAUGUGAAUGGACUCGGCUCGGGAGGGAGUGGGAAGAAGUACACGAAUGCAUGGAGUUAUUGGAGAAGUCGUUCAGCAUUGGUCAACAAUACGGAUGCGCGAUGUGAAUUCAAAAAGGGAGACGAACGUAAAAAAAGGAGGACAGUGAAGGGGAGGCAACGCAAGCGGUGGGACGAGGAGUAG